GUGUGUCCACAGUGAACACGGUGACUGUACAGAGAGGAGGAUCUGUCACCAUUGCAUGUUUCUAUGACAACAUGUAUCAACAACAUGUGAAAUACUGGUGCAAUGGGAGUGACUGGAGUUCAUGUACUCCCAAAGUACGUACUGACUCUACACAGAUAAUUGGUGAAGUGUCAAUCAGAGAUGAUCCUGACCAGCGAGUCUUCAAUGUGACCAUGAACAAUCUGACAGCUGUGGACUCUGGUUCCUACUGGUGUGGUGUGGAGAUCAGCAGAGGUUCAGCUGUGGGAUCACGGGUUUACCUGUCAGUCACUGAGGAUGAUGAAGAAGGAGGGAAUAAUGAAAAACAGAGCUUGUUUCUGUAUGUAGGACUGGGCUUAUUGGUGCUGCUGUUGAUCAUCAUCAUCAUCACAUGGAAAGUGUGGGACAAACACAAGAAAAAAAGGGCCAUGAACCAAAAUGCAGGAAGUACAGAAUUAACAUUGAACCCAGACCAUGAAUACGCCGUCAUAGACAGAACUGGCAUCACCAAGGGAGACCCGGCAGAGCAGGCCUCUGUGGAGCCUGGUGCUGAUGUCACCUACAGCUCCAUUCUCCUGCCAGAUCCACAGCAGGUGUCCUCUAGAUGUUCUUCACACCAUCCUGCUGUAACCCCAGCCAGUGAUGUGAUCUACAGCUCAGUCGCCCUGAAGCACAGAGAGUAGGGGGCAGCAACACAGAGAGGCUCCUCUACAUGUGGGGAGCUGCUGCUCUGGAUGAGAGCUGUGAGGGAGACACAGAUACUACAGUGAUCAUCACCAGGGAGGAGCAUCUUACAGUGAUGUGAGCUGUAUUUAAAUAGCAUGCAGCUCUCUCACAUUAUAGUAUGAUCAAUGUUUGCCUCACUUGUACGUUGCUUUGGACAAGAUGGAAUAAAUGUAAAUGUAAGAUAUUAUCUUGGUCUGUGAAUUGUCACUUUUCAUUCAUAUAAAUGGAAAAAUUAUCAUUAGCUAUGCUGUUUGUUUAGUAUAAAAUAAAAUGUUUGCUAUUUCAAUAUGCAUCAUUUUCAGGGUAUUUGCCAGUGUCUGUUUGUCUCUUGUACUGUUGAGCAUUUACUGAGGUCUAAGGGCUCCGGCUUUAAUUUUAUGCUCUUCUUGCGCACUUCACUGCCCCCUGCUGGAGCAGCUUUGCUAUUUCGCAACCCUGCUCUCCUCUGACUGUGGAAUUAGAAGCUGACCUGUUACCAUCAUAUCACAUUUCAGGAUAAAAGCUUUAGCUUUAGGUUUCCACAGAAUUUUAGGCGUUUGCUUAUUGAUAAAUUGAGUAUUAUUUAAAAUGCAGACCACAGACUGUGUGGCCCAUCAUACAUACUGUUAAUAAAGAUGCUUUUCAUUAAGCCUACAA